AUGGCAAGCCCAACAUAUACCGUCCAGCAGGGCGACUCCAUGUGGAAGAUAGCCAACGACCAUGGCAUCUCGCUGGACGCCCUCAUCGCAGCCAACCCACAGGUUACAGAUCCUGGAGUGAUCCAGUAUCUCCAGGUCCUCAACCUGCCUGUUCCUGCUGGCGGAACUCCCGCCCCUCCGCCCGCCGUGUCUGCUUUGUCCGCUGUGCCCGCUGUGCCCGCCCCCGCCCCCGCUCCGCCAGUGGAGGGGGAUCGCGGGGUCAGCAUUGCUUCCGCCGUGGCCACGGCCUUUCCAGCGGGCGGGAGACCAGGCCUGAAGACAGUGGGAUAUUUCACGAACUGGGGAAUCUACGGACGCAACUACCAGCCCGCAGACAUUCCAGCAAACCACCUAACUCAUAUCCUCUACUCGUUUGCGAAUGUCCGCCCCGAGACAGGUGAAGUCUAUCUAUCAGACACCUACUCCGAUCUAGAAAAGCACUAUCCCCAGGACUCCUGGAACGACACCGGUAACGACGCCUACGGAUGCAUCAAACAACUCUUCCUCCUUAAAAAACAACAUCGCCAUUUCCACACCCUCCUCUCCAUCGGCGGAUGGACAUACUCUGCCAACUUCGCCGGUCCAGCAUCCACACCCCAGGGCCGCGAGACAUUUGCACGCUCUGCUGUCAAGCUGGUCGCCAACCUAGGAUUCGACGGUAUAGAUAUCGACUGGGAAUACCCCAAGGACGACACUGAGGCACAAAAUUUCGUACUCCUCCUUGAAGCUACACGGAAUGAACUGGACAAGUUCUCUACGGAGGUCGUCAAGCGUGCUGAUGGAGGUAAGAUGUUGUUGACUGUUGCCGCGCCGUGCGGUGGAUCGCAUUACUCUGUACUCCGCAUGGAGGAAAUGGAUCGUUAUCUGGACUUUUGGAACAUGAUGUGUUAUGAUUUCGCAGGUAGCUGGGACACCACCGCCGGACAUCAAGCGAACGUUUAUCCAUCAGCAGAUAACCCAGCCUCAACCCCAUUUAACGUCGAUAGUGCACUUCGUGCAUACAUGGCGCGCGGUGUACAUCCCGCGAAGAUCAUCUGUGGUUUACCGUUGUACGGUCGUGCUUUUGAGCAGACUGAUGGGCCUGGUAAGCCGUUCCAGGGUGUUGGUGAGGGGUCAUGGGAGAAUGGAACGUGGGAUUAUAAGGCUCUUCCAAAGGAUGGGGCGGAGGAACAUAACGACGAGAAUUUGAUAGCUAGUUGGAGUUACUCUGCCAGCGCGAGGAAGGUGGUCAGUUACGAUACGCCUGUAAUCACGAGGAAGAAGGUCGAGUAUAUCAGGGGCACUGGGCUGGGUGGAGCGAUGUGGUGGGAGCUAAGUGGUGAUCAUCCCAUUGAUCAUGAGAGGAGCUUGAUCAAGGCAGUUGUCGAUGGGUUCGGUGGUACUGAUGCGUUGGAGAUGAGGGAGAACAACCUACACUACCCCACGAGUGAGUAUGAUAACUUGAGGAAUGGAUUUGCGUGA